GCACAGUUCAGGAUGCAUCUCUUUGUUAUCAUCCUCCUGUAUUGUGCUGCCACAGUUAUGGCAGUGCCAGGUUGCCUCAGUGACAGGGACAAGGACCACCGAUUGAGGAGGAACUGCUCAGGUGCUGACUUCAGUGAGGUCCCAGCAGGAUUUGAGCCAAAAACUCAGGUUCUGCUGUUCCCCAACAACAUAUUCUCUAGUCUGUCCUGGUCUUCCUUCAAGGUCUUCACAAACAUCUAUGAGAUCGACCUCACCAGUAACAAGGUUCCAGAGGUCACCCCCAGCGCUAUCCCAAUCCUUCCCAGCCUCAGGGUUCUCCGACUGGGACGGAACCAUCUGACUACCCUCUCAGAUGGCUCCUUCUCCGCCUGUCCUGCUCUGGCUGAACUCUAUCUACAUGACAACGCUAUCAGGUCUCUGAGUGAUAACAGUUUUUCUGGACUGAGCAAGCUGGAGAUCCUGGACCUGUCAUCCAAUUAUAUUCUGGCGCUUCCUGAACUCAUGCUCCACCCCCUCGUUACCAUAGAGACCCUGUACCUGGAGAGCAACAAGAUCACGGUGAUGCCAAAUGACUGGUUCAGCAAGAAAGAGGAGGUGCCAUACCUCUACCUGUCAUCCAAUCCCUGGGCCUGCUCCUGUUCCCUUGAUUACCUGCGCAGAUACCUCGACAAUUAUGAAUUCAACAUCUAUGUCCGGGACGGUCUGAUCAUCAGGAGUGAUGCUGAGAGUGUGGUGUGUGACUCUCCCAACAGGCUUCAGGGUCAGUUUGUGAUAAGCCUAGAGGAGUCUGAUCUGUGCUCAUCUCAGCCAGAUUCCGGUCCACGUGGAGACAAUGAGCCAGUUGUCACAACGACCACACUUACUGCACCCCCUUCCUCAACCACAUCUACUACACCCCCUCCCACUACCACACCUACUACGCCCCCUCCCACGAUCACAUCUACUACAUCCAAACCCAUGACUCCACUUACUCCUGUCACUAUUACAUCUAACCCUACAGUUACCAGUCCAGCCUCUAGUGUCACUACACCACUAAUCAUAGAACUAACCACUGACCUGCCUGACAGUGGGACCACAACUACACUGCAAAGCCUUGUUGCUAAAACCCCUACACCAUCCACACAAGUAAUGGUACUAAACCCACCCACUGAGGUAACCACACCUAUAACCACUUCAUCAGUGAACAAUAACAUCACACAAUUUAAGUGGCAGAGUAAGGUAGCCACAGCCAGAGCUGCAGGAGUGUUCUGCGUUUGGUUAUUUGCAGGUAACCUCUUGCUUUGUGUAAUGUCAGCGGCAUGCUCUGUGAUGACUGUAGUGAGGCUGUUUUUGUUGUAUAGGGGGGCAUACAAAAUAUUAAAGAGGAGAACGGCAGGAGGAAAGGAGAGACUGAGGCUAAUAACAUGCACCAGGAGGGAGGAGAAGGAAGGCGGAGGAGGAAGUGAAGGGGUGUUAGCGCUGUAUCGGUCAGUGCUGUUCAUCUCCAAAGACGGAAGAGAAGGUGUUGAGAGGGGUAAUGAAGAGGAAGGAGGUAAAAGAGGUGAAGUAGGGAGGGAAAGGCUAACUCUGGAGUCCAAAGGAGAAGAAGAAGGAGGAGGAGCAGUGAUGAGACAGGAAGGAGUUGAGAGGGAGGAGAGAAGAGUGUACAAGAAGACAUUGUACCGUCUGAUAAGCAAACAGGAGGAGAUAGAGGGGUGGAGGGAAGUGAUGGAGGAGUGUCAGUGUAGUCCAGGAGAUGGAGUAAAGAUAGGAGAACAAGGAGGAGGAGGAGGGGGAGGAGUUUCCAGAAAGCGGUACAGCGUGAUUUUGAGGGAAGAGAGGGAGGUGGCUAGUGGAGACAAAGAGGAGCUGGACUGGGUGGUGGGGGGGUGGGAAGUGAAAAAGAGUGGAGAGGGGAGAGAUGAAGAGCCCAGGAGCAGCUGGGGGGAAUGGCUGGCUCACUGCCUACCCAGCAUGCCCUGGGGAGUAACUAUACCUCCUGAGGUUGAGGCAGAUCAGAGAUGUCAUCAGUUAGCCAAAUAAGCACAGAUACAUCAUGCUCAUAUACAGCUGUACAAUGUAUGUCUCAGACAAUUAACAUAUUAUCAUGAUUAUGAAUUCAAUUACCACUUCAUUUCAAUCUAACAACCCUCCAACAUCCCCUUUUGAUAUAUUGUUCUUGAAUAUUAGAAUAUCUAUGAGGUUGAUCUCAAAGACAGGGUUUAAACAGGGUUUGGGUUUUUGUUGUCAUGCAUUUCAAUACAUUCUUUUUUAUUAUUAAUUUGUAAAGCAAAUGUUUCAUGUGCCAUCAGGCCAGGAUUAUAAUAUAAUCACCUCCACUCAAAAUAUGUUACAAUAAAGAAUGAUCUUGUGUAGGAAACUGUUGAGUAUAUUGUCUAAGUGUUUGCUAUUUCUACAAAAUCUAGCACACAGAAUUUAUCUGUCUAUGUCUUAUCAGUGCAAUAACCUUUUACCUUCUGUUACAACUGUCCACUACACAUGUGGCAGACUUGUUUAUGUAACCCUCAUCCCUCAGUAACAUGACAGCAACAUAAUAAUGUAUCAUGGCCCAUGAAAUCUCUCAAACAUAUAUUUUUCACUUGAACAGGAAGGCAUCUCAUUUGAACAGGAAGGCAUUUCACUUGAACAGGAAGGCAGAGGAGAGGAAACCAGAAUACCCUCCCCCAGUUUUAUAUUGUUUACUGGUGUAUUUCCUGUUUUAUUCGGCUAGCAGAAGAUUAAACAGUUGCAGGCCCACCUCGUAUUGAUGUCAGCAAAUGAUUUAUCUGAAGCAGCGACAUUGCCCCCUAAUUUGUUGGCCACUGCACACCCACUGACAACUCUGACAAAUAGGUCUACAGACAGCCAGCAACCGACUACUUUGUCACAGUCGGUUUUACCCGUAGACAACCACCUAACAAGACUUUUUCCCUCAUGUCAAGCUGGCAACGGCUCCACAGCUCCACGGGGAUGUCCUUCUACCUUAAUCUGCAGAUAUGCCUGGAUGUUGCUAGGCAGUUGUCUACGGGUCCGAAGAUGAUAAAUACAGCUUAGUGUAGGCUAGCGUCAGUAGCUAACAUUAGCUACUAAUUCUAGUGCUAAACGUUAGCUUGUAUAAUGUUACCUGUCUAUAUGUAAUUUUAAAGCAAAAUUAUGUGUGUUGGUUAUGUUGUCGACUAACCACAUGGUACUUAUUUGAAUAUAGCUAAUUAAACGCUAAUGUUACCCAGGUACAGUUACGUUAGCUUUAUUGCCAAUGCCAGCACCCUUAAGUCCGCUAGCUACUUGCUCUCACUUCAACCUCAUAGCUCCUCUUUUUCAUUGACCCCUGAACUUUUCCUGUCAGACUUCCACCUGGCAUUAAACUAACUCUGAUAAUUGAGUUAGUUAUAAGAGCUAGUUUAAGCAAUCAGCAUAAGUGAGAUCAAGUAGCUAGUGAACUUAAAGGUGUUAGCAAUAAAGCUACGUUAGCAUUUAAUUAGAAUAAGUACCAUAUGGUUAGUUGACAACGUAACCGACAACACACACAAUUUUGCUUUAAAGUUACAUAUAGACAAGUGACGUUAUAUAAGCUAACAUUUAGCACUAGUACUAGUAGCUAAUGUUAGCUACUGACGCUAGCCUACACUAAGCUGUACUGUUCAUUAUUUGAGAUCCAACUUACCUUAUCAACUUCAGCCAUCUACUCCUCUUUUUGUCGGAGGAAAGUGGCAUUUCAUAUGUGUAUGUGUGCAUUUUCAUAUGUGUGUGUGUGCAUUUUCACAUGUAUGUGUGAAUGCAUUUAUAUGUGUAUGCAUUAGGGAUGGGAAGAUUAUCCGAUAUGCAUCGAUACGCCGACACACAGUCUGAGUGCACCAGUAGAGAAGCUGCGAGUGAAUGAAAAGUCUGGAAUGAUAUUGUGAUGCAUUGGUUAUGGAAUGUUUAUAUCAAUAAAAUUCGAUCCGUUCAAUAGAAAAUAUUUUUACUUGCAUUUAAAAGUGUUACUAUAUAUUUGGGUAAAGUUUUUCUUUCCUUCAGACCCACGUUGAUGUGCGCUGCGGAUUCAUGGAUGUGUACACUGCACACUAAACAGUCUGAGCUCCAUGGAUGGACUGUGGCACAAGCGCCACCAGUGAAUACUGUAAUGUCUGUAUCUGAAUCUGACAGACUUAGAAGGGAGGUGACCACAUGUCGUUUCUGAACGUGUACUUCUUACUAUUAUCAACUGCAUUGAAUACUGCUGUACAUACCCGAGAUACUUCCUUAAACAGUGUCAUACAGAUCCAACAGUGUAUCUCAGAAUACCUUGC